CGGCCACUAGGAUCUGAGGCUGACGUUUAUGAUCAUUGCUGACGUUGAGUCGAGCACCGUCCACACUGGCACUAUGACAACUUCGGCAGCUCCUCCGUCACCUCAGGAGAUACAGAGGAAGUUAUCCGUUCACUCUGUAAAUAGAAACAUCAAGCCAGCACCCGUCUCUGUACCCCCAGUUUCUGGUACAGAAUCCGAUUCGGACUCCAUCUCAACUCCAGAUGUUUGGUCAAUGUCGCCCUCUGGACUGACUGGCACUAAUCAACAUGGACUGUCUUCAAUUGCCGAGAGGAGAUCAGGAAGUGGGGAAGACUCCGAAGACGAAGACGACGAGGGCGAAGGAGGCUGGAAGACAGCUGAAGGCAACGAUCAAAGGCGAGGCUCGUUUGAUGAGGGUGUCAUCAAAACUGGUUAUCUCUGGAAGAAGGGCGAACGGAGAAAGACGUGGAAGAAGCGCUGGUUUGUCCUACGCCCCGCCCACCUCGCGUACUACAAAACGGCAGCAGAAUACCAACUUCUACGACUUUUAGAUCUCUCGGAUGUUCACUCUUGCACGAAAGUAUCCCUCAAGCGCCAUGACAAUGCGUUUGGUCUCGUUUCCCCCGUACGGACCUUUUACCUUCAAGCCAAAACAUCUGAAGAACUACAAGCAUGGGUGCAAGCAAUUGAAGAAGCGAGGCAAGCAUUGAAUCUCCAAUCCUCAGGAAGUGCACCCAUACCGAUACCCCGAACUGAGCGGUCUAAUUCACGAGCUCCUACUAUCUCCCCUUCACCCCCAUCUCAAACGCACUGCGUUACCUCUUCGGACUCGGACGACGCCUCGCCCACAAGUUACCAAACGAUGCCACCGAUCACCCAGACCCCAUCCGUUGUCACCUCUUCACCGUCCAAGAGCAACACUACGACACAAAAGGACCCGACCAAGGCAGUUCUCUCUGGGUACCUCAUGAAGUGUGGUUCCAAACGGCGAACUUGGCACAAGCGAUGGUUCGUCCUUACAGGAGAAAAACUCGUGUAUUCUGAUAGCCAUAUGGAUACCAAACCUCAUAGACAGUUUCUGUACUCGGAUAUCCUCGACGCUCUCGAAUACGACGUCCCAUCCCAUCGCCACCAUGCAAGUCCGGUCUCUUCCCCGCCAAUCGAGUCCGACAGACCUGAAAAGUCACAUACUUUCAAGAUUGUCACCACGAAGAAGACGUUACUGGUCUGUGCACCCAGCGAGGAGGAUGAAAUUACCUGGCUGGGCGCAAUUCGAGCACUGAUUGCCCGUCGUUCUGCAGGCCCCGGCCACAAUGAACCUCUGAAGGCAGGGACCGACACAAGCCCCAACAGUUCUGGUUUCACGUCCUCUGGAGGAAGUUCAGGCCUGAAAGCGAAAGUUAGACGACUGAGCGCCAGCGCCGCCCCCGGUAUAUCGGCCGUUUCUCGAGCGGAUGAAGGCGCCCAAAAGCAAUCUUGAAGUAUAUAUCAUUUAUGAUGAUAGGUUGCAAGCAGCUGGGAACGGGCUUACCGCCUUUCUCCACCAUCAAGCUUCUUCUCUAUCAUUCAUUUGCUUUCGGAAAAUGUAAAUCGUCAUCGGAUGGAAUUGCUCUUAGUUGCCGGACGUUGAUAGUUUGUUUCUCCUCUCUCAAUGUUUUAUUUCCUAGUGUCGACUGCUUUGGCCCUUUGGAUUCCCAUUCCCAUGCCUCACCUGCAUCACUAAUCUUGUGUUUCCGUCUAAAUGUAGGAGUGAAUCUGUAUUUUAUGAUGAAUCUGACGAUCCUCUUGCUCGCGCACUUUCUCCC